AUGGAAUUGCAUGACUGUAUUGAAUUCGAACCUGAAAACGAGGAUAUACGUUUAGUUAUUGGAGUAGAUUUUGGCACUACAUUUUCGGGGUUUUCUUACGCUUACAUUAAACCAGAGAAAGAGAAGAUAGAAAUUGUAGUGAAUCAAGAAUGGGGCCAUUUCAAAAGUCCUGAUAAAACCAAUACAGUAUUACAAUACGACGAAAGCUAUGAAGAAGUUGUCACUUGGGGAGCUGAUGCAUUAAGCUCUGAGCCUAGUAGAAGAAGAAGACAUGCCAAUAAACCUUUACCAAGACCGGUGGAAUAUUUCAAAUUUUAUUUAGGAAAUGUUCCAGAAAGCAAAAAACCCAAAUUACCUCCCGGAAUUACUUUUGAUAGAGCAAUAACGGAUUAUCUUCGUGAAAUGGCUUACAUGAAGCAGAAAGCAGGCAUUACAAUCAAAGAGAGUGUAAAACAUUGGACUGGAAUUGAUUUUUACAAUCAUGUGCGACUUGUUUUCACAGUACCUGCUGAAUUCACUGAAGAUACCAAGACAAUUAUGAGAAAAUGUAUAUACGAUGCUGGCUUGAUUGAAUCUAUAGGCACACUAAAUCUUCAAUUUACCACUGAACCGGAAGCUGCUGCAAUUCAUUGUAUAAAUAUGUUAAAAGAUCUUGAAUUAGUAACAGGAGCAAAAUACUUGGUUGUUGAUUGUGGUGGAGGAACUGUGGAUUUAACAAUUAGAAAAUUAUUACCAGAUGGACAAAUAGGAGAAGUGACUGAGCAUUCAGGAGGUUUUUUUGGAGGUACCUAUGUUGAUGAUGAGUUCUUAAAAUUUCUUGAAAGUAGAGUAGGUAAAUCUGCAAUGAACAUGUUAAAGGAGAAAUACUACGGUCAGGUUAAUUAUUUAAUACAUAAAUAUUUUUGUCCUGAUAUUAAAAUUCCAUUCACUGGUGAAAAAUCCAAAUUUAAAAUUAUUGAAUUGGACAUUGAGAAAAAAUGUCCAGCACUUAAGCAAUAUGUCACUGGGUCAGAAAGAGAUCAAUUAUCAGAUGAGGAUGAAUGGGUCAUUGAUCUUGAUUUUGAUACUGUGAAAUCAUUUUUUGAUCCAGUAAUCAACAAAAUUUUGAAGUUGAUUGAGAUACAGUUGUCAAAAUGUUCAGACUGUUCAAUGAUGUUUUUGGUUGGAGAAUUCAGCGAAUCAAAAUAUCUUCAAUCUAGAAUUAAACAAAGAUUCGGAGAUCGAUUGAAAAUAGCAAUUCCGCCUGAUAUAGCUACUGCACUUGUAAGGGGUGCAUGUGAAUAUGGACUUGAUAUGAAGAUUGUAAGCACAAGAGUACUAAAAUGGACGUAUGGAAUUAGACUUAGUCAUGAAUGGCAAACUGGUGAUCUGUCAUCUCGUAAAACGACAGAUGAUCAGAUCUAUAAGUUUUCUUUUAUGGCCAGAAAAGGAACAGAAUCGGAUGUGGGCAUGGAAUUUUCCAGGAAUAUGGUUCCUAUUCACCCAGAUCAAACUUCCAUGAGAUUUACCUUCUUUUGUACUGCAGAAUAUAGCGCAACAUAUUGUAGUGAAUCUGAAAUGAAAGAAUUGGGUGGUUUUGUUGUUGAUUUGCCUGACACUCAUUUAGGAUUGAAUCGUUCUGUGCUGCUAACAUUACACUUUGGAUCUGUGGAAAUUGUUGCAAUAGCGAAGAAUAGAGAGAAUGGUAGAAUUUAUCAAACAACGUUUAAAAGGUUAAGAUGA